GAUGAGCCACAAAGCUCCAGAUUUGAUUGGAGCGGAUGGAUUAGAUUUAGAUAGUUCGUCGAAAUGCCAGGGUGAUAGUCCAGAAUUCUCUUCGACGAACUUUGACGAGCAGGAAAAUCGUGAUUUUACCGAGAAAUUGGAUAAUAUAGCUGAAGUAGAUGAAACAGGAGACGGUCGUGCUCUCCCUCCUACGCCACCCCCUAGCGAAGUACCAGUGACGUACACUGAAGAAACCGUUGAUAAUAUUGACGAAGAAAAUGGCGUACAAAAACAAACAAACGAUAUUACGAAAGAGGAUGAAAUUCAAACGGAAAUCGUCGAAGAAAUCAAAGAUAAAUUAGAACAUGUAGUGCUCCAAGAAACACACCCAGAGUCUAAAAAUGAAGCAGAAGAAGUUAAAGGAGAAAAUGAAGCGAUUGGAGAAGCCGUAGAAAAUGAUAAAGAAGACGAAAAAAUCGUAGAAAAAGAUGAUGAUGAAGAAAAGAAUAAAGAACCGGAAGAGGAAAUUAAUAUAGUCCGCGAAACCUCCUACAAUGAAGAGACGGAAAUUAAAGGUGAGGUCACAGAGACAACGAAAACUACCAAGGAAUGCACUAUAACUGAUAAGAAAAAAGUUGAAGAAGUUGAUGAUAACACUAAAAUUCAGCGAGAGAGAACAGAAACUGUUAAAACAGUCAACGUGCAAAAGACAAUCGAAGGACCUUUACCUGAAGAUUUUGUGCCAGAGUACCCCGCUGAGCACUUUUCGAAUGAAUUUCCUUUCAAUGGGUCUUCAGGCGAAAAAAGUGAAGAUGCCAAUGAAAAAUCCACAGAGGAACCUAAACUUGAAGAGAGCGAACUGAAAGAGGUUCCGGUUGACGUGAAGACAGAAAAGGUCGAAACAAUUAAGGAAGAGAAUCAAGGUGCCGCAGAAGAAACUGGCACCUUAAAAAAGAAAAAACCUAAAUCGAUUGGCAAAAAAGGUGGAAUACUAUCUAUUUUUACGAGAAAAUCAAGAAGGAAGAGACGUUCAACUGUCGUUCACAAGGAAACUAUGGCCGAUUUCGAGUUGCCAAAAACCGAUGACGGUGAGCCGGCUGAAGACAAUAAAGAAGCUGUCAUUGAAGUUACAAAUGUAAAAAAAACCAAAGAAGAGAAAAAGCUUGAAAAAGAAAUGAAGAAAUCUGAAGAAAAGAAACAAAAAGAGGAAGCCAAAAGACUUAAAAUGGAAGCAAAAAAGCGAAAAGAUGAGAGUAAAUUAAAAAAGAACAUGUCUGGUUCAAAAGGAACUUGGAAAAUACCUCAAAAUGGAACCGAAGCAAAGGAUAAGGAAGGUACUGAUGAGAAAGAUGAAGAUGUAGAUGUACCAGAAAGUGUAACAGAAACCGCUACAUAUGUUGAGCCUAAUCAAAAUGACAAAACGGACUUGAAAGAAGAGCCACAAAACUUCAAUAAACAAGCUAAACGAGAACUUAGCCUCUUAAAGAGAUUUUCGACAAAGAAAAAUAAAGAAAAAGACGUAUCUGUAGAAAAGAAGCAUGCAACAUCCUUGGAUAAUUCGGCGGUUACGGCAACCGGUGUAGAAGAGCCGGAAAUACAAACUCCGACAAAAGAAUACAUGGUAGUAGUUGCAAUUGACUUUGGAACAACAUUUUCGGGUUACGCAUUCAGCUUUCUUAACGACCCUGAUACAAUUCAUAUGAUGAGACAGCAAGGAGAUCCUGGAAUCAUCAAUCAAAAAUGUCCAACAGUUCUUCUCUUAAAACCAGAUGGAGAAUUUCAUUCUUUCGGAUUUUCUGCUCGAGAUUACUUUCAUAACCUUGAGCCUUCCGUUGCCCAAAAAUGGCUGUAUUUCGACAAAUUCAAAAUGGCAUUACAUCAUGAAACGAGCCUUAACUCAGAAACUGAACUCAAUGCAACAAAUGGAAAGAAGAUGCCUGCUAUGACAAUAUUCGCUCAUGCCUUGAAAUUCUUUAAGGAUCACGUUCUUCAAGAACUAACUGAGUCUUCUUUCACUUCUUUCGAAAAUUCGGACAUUCGAUGGGUAAUUACGGUUCCAGCGAUAUGGAAAGCUGAAGCGAAGCAGUUUAUGCGUCAAGCGGCUUACGAGGCUGGAAUAGCCUCGGACGAGGAGCCUGAACAAUUACUAAUAGCUCUAGAGCCGGAAGCUGCUUCCAUCUACUGCAGGAAAUUGAGACUGCAUCAAUUAAUGCCAGAAAAACCGAACAGGUUCUCGUUAUCACCAAGAAGAAAGAAUGAAUCACUUUCGAAGAGAUUAAAUGAUACAAGCAAUGGGGAAGAUGAUGUACCUGUAAUACCCAAUUCUGAAGGAACUAGAUAUAUAGUGGUGGACUGUGGAGGCGGAACUGUCGAUAUUACCGUCCACGAGAUGCAAGGGAAACACCAAAACCUAACGGAACUAUACAAGGCAGUCGGAGGUCCACAUGGAUCAAUCGGAGUUGACGAGGAAUUUUAUCGGUUGCUGGUCGAUAUUUUCAGUGAAGAGUUUUUGGAAUUAUAUAAAACGAAAAGACCAGCAGGCUUUGUAGAUUUGAUGAUCAGCUUCGAGUCAAGGAAAAGAGCAGCCAGUCCUUGGAAAGAAAACCCUCUUAAUGUACCCUUACCAUUCUCUUUUAUUGUACUUUAUAAGUCCUUUACACCCGGUUGUGGAAGUGUCGAAACAGCACUAUUACGCUACAGCAAUCCGGACGUGACAAUAGUAGAAGGAAUGUUGAGAUUGACCCCCGAGGCUAUGAAGAAACUGUUUGCAACUACGCUACAGAAAAUAAGUGACACAGUAGCAAUGGUUUUGGAAAAUCCAGCUCUACCAGAUAUCAAAUAUAUGUUCCUCGUGGGCGGUUUCGCUGAAUCGGGACUGCUCCAGCAACACCUAAAGGAUCGGUUUACGCCCAAAGUCCGAACAAUCAUACCGCAAGAUGUUGGUCUAACUAUUCUCAAGGGGGCUGUUUGUUUCGGCAUCGAUCCAUGCGUAGUUGCAGUUCGAGUUUCGCGAUUGACUUAUGGUGUUGGAGUAUUGAAUAAAUGGGUAAAUGGCAAACACCCAGAAAGCAAACGAGUUCGCCGCGACGGUGUUGACUGGUGCAUAGAUGUUUUCGAUAGAUUUGUCGCUUGCGGUCAAUCGGUAGCUUUGGGAGAUAGUGUUUUGCGUUCAUAUACACCCGCAAGCCAUGGACAAGCCGAGUGCUUGCUAAAUCUCUAUUGUUCGGAAGACGCAAACGCAGAUUUUAUUACAAACGACGGAGUCCGACAUUGCGGUACUCUUCGCCUCUUCCUAGAAGGUGAAAACGAGUCGGAUAAGCCAAGGGAAAUACAAGCUAGAAUGAUCUUUGGCGAUACCGAGAUCAAGGCAAACGUCAUCGACUUGACUUCCGGAAGGUGCGUUAAAGCUAAUAUAGACUUUUUGAACAAAUGA